UGAUAUUUUAGUGGAAGAAGACUGCAUAAAAUAGUUUGACUAUACCUUUGUUCUUUCUCUGCGUGUUUUUCAAAAAAGUAAACCAUUCCACGCAUACAUUAAGUAGAAUGUUUUUGCAUACACAAAGAAAUGUGAUUACAAAUACCUUUGGAAGAGGAUUAGUCAUGAUUUGUACCUUUUGUAGGCAAAAGAGCCGAUAGAUGGGGCCUUUCAUUAAUCAGAUCAGCAGCUCUGUUAGCCUCCCCCGACCCCAGCUCCUUAGCCUCCGUGAAUAAAGCAGUGGCCUGGGCGUUCUUGCACCCGCUCCCCACUCCUCAGAAGAGUCCUGCCAACUCUGCCUUGUCCUGUUGGAUUUGCAGUCAGAUGUCUCAGGCUGGCACUGGGCAGGCAAUGAGUUCUUUCCCUGUAACUUGGGCACAAAAAGAUCAGCAUGGGAGCAGCCUCCUUUGGGACAGCUGCUCUGAGAGAAUGCAGUAAGCAAGGAGCAGGAAGAAAUUCCUCCGAGAAGAGGGUGACUCGUGGGAGGAGUUCAGUGUGCUAACUAUUGUCAUUUGCUGAGAGAAGGUGUGUACUUGAGGAGUCUUAACCUGGAGGAUCCUUAACUCUUUCAGUCAGCUGGCGAGCAGUGGUGGCUCAGCAAGUUCGUCCUGGAAGCGUCUGCUCGGGAAGGUCAGGGCGGAGGCGUGGAAUUGUUCUUUCAUGGGGGACCGCUUUGAGAAGGGCCAGCACGCUUUGCUCAAUGAAGGAGAAGAGAAUGAGAUGGAGAUAUUUGGCUACCGGACUCAUGGCUGCCGGAAAACCCUCUGCCUUGCUGGAUCUAUCUUCUCCUUUGGGAUCCUCCCCUUGGUGUUUUACUGGAGACCUGCUUGGUACGUGUGGGCAAAUUGCAUCCCGUGUUCCUUGCAGGAAGCAGACGUCGUGUUGCUCAGGACAACAGAUGAAUUCCAAACUUACUCUUGGAAAAAGGUGAUGUGGAUCUACCUGUCGGCACUCAACAGUGCAGUUGGUCUCACUCCUGACCACCCUCUCAUCACAGAUGAGGAGUGUAUCAUAAAUAGAGCCAUAACAAAGCCAGAUCUAAAGGUGAGAUGCAUAAAAGUGCAAAAAAUAAGAUAUGUUUGGAACAACUUAGAAGGACAGUUCCAGAAAAUUGGCUCUUUGGAAGACUGGCUCAGUUCUGCCAAGAUACAUCUAAAAUUUGGAUCAGGACUCACAAAAGAAGAACAAGAGAUUCGGAGGUUAAUAUGUGGGCCUAAUACCAUCGAUGUUGAAAUCACACCAAUUUGGAAACUGCUCAUCAAGGAGGUGUUAAAUCCAUUUUACAUAUUUCAACUCUUUAGUGUCUGUUUGUGGUUUACUGAAGAUUAUAAGGAAUAUGCUUUUGCCAUCAUAAUCAUGUCCACCAUUUCCAUCGCUUUGACAGUAUAUGAUCUCAGAGAGCAAUCUGUAAAGCUCCACCGUCUAGUUGAGUCACAUAAUAGCAUUACGGUCUCAGUAUGUGGGAGAAAAGCUGGAGCCCAAGAGCUGGAAUCACGCUUCCUGGUACCCGGAGAUCUAUUAAUUCUGACAGGGAACAAAGUGCAAAUGCCAUGUGAUGCCAUCUUGAUUGAUGGCAGCUGUGUGGUAGAUGAAGGCAUGCUGACAGGAGAAAGUAUUCCAGUCACUAAAACUCCGUUACUCAAGAUGGAUGGCUCUGCGCCCUGGAAAACACAGAGUGAAGCAGAUUACAAGCGACACGUCCUCUUCUGUGGCACGGAAGUUAUCCAGGCCAAGGGAGCUUGUUCCGGGACCGUGAGAGCCGUGGUCCUGCAGACUGGAUUCAACACUGCAAAGGGAGACCUUGUGAGGUCCAUUCUCUACCCCAAGCCGAUGAAUUUUAAGCUCUACAGGGACGCCAUCAGGUUCCUCCUGUGCCUCGUAGGGACGGCCACCAUUGGCAUGGUCUAUACAUUGUGCGUCUACGUGCUCAGCGGGCUAAAGAGUGACUUCAUCUUCCAGGAACCUCUCCAGGAGGUGGUGAAGAAAGCCCUUGAUGUUAUCACCAUCGCAGUUCCUCCCGCUCUACCUGCUGCUCUGACCACUGGCAUUAUCUAUGCCCAGAGGAGGCUCAAGAAGAGAGGCAUCUUCUGCCUCAGUCCCCAGAGGAUCAAUGUAUGUGGGCAAUUAAACCUUGUCUGCUUUGACAAGACAGGCACCUUAACAAGAGAUGGCUUGGACCUCUGGGGAGUCGUGCCCUGUGACAAGAAUGGCUUCCAGGAAGUCCAUAGCUUUGCCUCGGGCAGGGCUUUGCCAUGGGGCCCACUGUGUGCGGCCAUGGCCAGCUGCCACUCUCUGAUUCUUCUAGAUGAGACCAUCCAGGGAGACCCUCUGGACCUCAAAAUGUUUGAAGCCACCACCUGGGAAAUGGCUACUUCUGGGGACGAUUUCCAUGUGAAAGGAGUACCGGCCCACGCCAUGGUAGUUAAGCCCUGCAAAACAGCCAGCCAGGUACCAGUGGAAGGAAUUGCAAUCCUGCAUCAGUUCCCAUUUUCAUCAGCACUGCAGAGGAUGACAGUCAUUGUUCAAGAGAUGGGGGGUGACCGGAUGGCUUUUAUGAAAGGUGCACCAGAGAAGGUGGCCAGCUUUUGCCACCCUGAGACAGUACCAACUACUUUUGUUAGUGAACUUCAGAUUUACACGACACAGGGCUUCCGGGUCAUAGCGCUGGCCUACAAAAAGCUGGAAAUGGACCACCACACCACUGCCUUGAUGAGGGACAAGGUGGAGUCAGAUCUGAUAUUUCUGGGACUGCUGAUCUUGGAGAAUCGAUUGAAGGAAGAGACAAGACCUGUGCUGGAGGAGCUCAUCUCAGCCCGGAUAAGGACUGUAAUGAUCACAGGUGACAAUCUUCAGACUGCAAUAACAGUGGCCAGGAAGUCUGGAAUGGUUUCUGAAAGCCAGAAAGUCAUUCUUAUUGAAGCAAAUGAAGCCACUGCGUCCUCAUCAGCAUCUAUAUCUUGGAAAUUGGUAGAAGAGAAGAAACACAUUGCAUACGGGAAUCAGGACAAUUACAUCAACAUCAGGGAAGAAGUCUCUGAUAAUAGCAGAGAAGGAAGUUACCAUUUUGCCCUAAGUGGAAAAUCCUUUCAGGUUAUAAGUCAACAUUUCAGCAGCCUACUGCCAAAGAUAUUGAUCAACGGGACCAUCUUUGCAAGAAUGUCUCCUGGGCAGAAGUCCAGUCUAGUGGAAGAAUUUCAGAAACUGGAUUAUUUUGUAGGUAUGUGCGGAGAUGGAGCCAAUGACUGUGGGGCUUUGAAAAUGGCUCACGCGGGCAUCUCUUUAUCAGAGCAGGAGGCAUCUGUGGCCUCGCCAUUCACUUCCAAAACUCCAAACAUUGAGUGCGUACCUCACCUUAUCAAGGAAGGACGUGCAGCUCUCGUGACCUCAUUUUGCAUGUUUAAGUACAUGGCCCUGUACAGCAUGAUUCAGUAUGUUGGUGUUCUGCUGCUCUACUGGGAGACAAACAGCCUUUCAAAUUACCAGUUUCUGUUCCAGGAUCUGGCCAUUACAACUCUUAUUGGUGUAACAAUGAAUUUGAAUGGUGCCUACCCCAAGCUCGUGCCUUUCAGACCUGCAGGACGGCUCGUCUCCCCACCUCUGCUGCUCUCUGUGAUUCUCAACAUUCUCCUCAGCCUGGCCAUGCACAUUGUGGGCUUCAUUCUGGUUCAGAGGCAGCCUUGGUAUUCCAUGGAGAUGCAGAGUGCCUGCACAGUGCAAAAUAAAAGCAUCUCAAAGUUAACCAUAUCUCCAGCUGCUCCAGGAAAAAAUGGAAGUUAUAGUGACUUCACAAGUUUUGAGAACACUACUAUAUGGUUCUUGGGAACAAUCAACUGUAUCACUGUGGCUCUUAUCUUCUCUAAAGGAAAACCAUUUAGGCAGCCGACCUAUACAAACUAUAUAUUUGUCCUUGUGUUGGUCAUACAACUGGGUGUGUGUCUGUUCAUUCUCUUUGCUGAUAUUCCAGAAUUAUAUAGGCGUUUGGAUCUGCUCUGCACUCCUGUCCUGUGGAGGGUCUACAUCAUCAUUAUGCUUGGCUCCAAUUUUAUUGUGUCCUUUGUUGUGGAGGAGGCCAUUAUUGAAAACCGAGCCCUGUGGAUGGCAAUCAAAAGGUGUUUUGGAUAUCAAUCAAAAAGCCAGUAUCGGAUAUGGCAGAGGGCCUUGGCAAAUGACCCCAGUUGGCCCCCGAUAAAUCAAACCUCCUACUCUCACAGUCCAGGGUGUGGCAGGGAAGUGUCUUACAGCAAUCCGGUCUUUGAGAGCAAUGAGGAACAACUUUGAAGGCAAUAGGAUAAACAUGUUGAACUAAUAUAGAAGCAAUGACAAAAAGGGACCAAUUUCAGUGAUAUUUAAGCAAUGAGACUCUUACAAUAUCGGCUGGAGUUUUUGGAAUCAAAAACCUAUCCAAUCAUGGUGACAAACUGAAGUCUGUUUGAUACAAUACUUUCUACAGAGCAGAGCACUGCCCCAAGAGACUGCUUUCCUCUUGGCUUCUAAAGGUAUUAGAGGUUUUCAGUGAAUUAAGAGUGAGCUGGCCAAGAAUGGCAAUGGGCCAAGAGAUUGGGAGGCUAAAAGAGAAGCAGAAUAUGCAAUCUUUUUUCUUAGAUAAUAUAUCUUUUAAAUGAAUUGAGGGAAAGUAGCACUGUGUGUAGUCUUAGAAUUGUAACAUGUUAAAGAUCAUUUUUGAAUUCUUAUUUCACUGUUGGAAAAACAAAUGCAUGGGAACCAUCACACCAAUCUUCACUGUCUGGUUUCCUUUCCUUCGUCAUACUUCUCAAAUCUGAGGCAUUUUCUUCUACUUCUGGCCUUCCCUUCUAUAUUAGUAAGGAUAGGCUAAGCUGAUGCUGCUAUAACAAAUAACUCCCGUAUCUGAAUGGGUUAACACACAAGAGCUUCCUUCUUGGUCCAGGUGACUCUUUAGAAUAGCUCUCCUGGGAGUGGUGACUGCUUCAGUAUCAUGGCCCCACUGACUCAACACAAAGACUCCAUGUUUACUGUGAUAAGGGAAGGAAGACUGAGGAUCACACAUGGGCUCUUCCCCACUUCACCCCCAAAGCAGCACACAUUUCUGCACAACCCACAUCUCAUUAGGCUCAUUAAGCGUCAUUUACCAGGGAUUUGGCAAAGAAGCUGAGAAGUGCAGUCUCCUGUAUUUAGGGUUGGCUUCAUGGGCAGAUGACCUGUGUAGUCACACACAGCCCCAUGCUUAGAAAGGCCCACACUUGGUUUAAUACUCUGCACUUGCCAUCUUGAAAUUCUUAAUUUUUGAACAAGGAUUUCCACAUCUUCAUUUCGCACUGGGCCUCACAAAUUAUGUUAUUGACCUGGCUUGUAUUCCUGGGAAAGAGAGGAAAGCAGCCCAAAUCAAAGGGUUCUGUCCCCUAGCUCUGCGCCUCCUAACCCUGUGAACUUCUCUGUGUCGUAAGAACCUCUCAUCUCACACGCCUGACGCCAGGAAUUUUCACUCCUCUGCUCUAUUAUUUUUGAGAAAAGUUAGUCUUGUGCUACAGCAUUAUAUGCUAUCAUCCACAUAAGUCCUCACACAACCCACACAUUUCUUAAGUUUGAGGCUUCAGUUUUCAGAAAACAAAAAUUUUCCUUAUUUCAUCACAAUUACAGUUUGGUUAUAUUGGAUUCACUUAGGAUAGAAAACACUCAGGUUUCUGCUAACUCAGCAGACGACCCUGAAUUCUGGGAGAACAUCCACAUAUACUAUAAUAAGGCAAAAGCAAAAUUAUGAACGUCAAGUCCUAAGGGAGUGUUCUGGGCAGGGGGGAGUGUCCUGGCCCAGGAUAAGAGGCUGGCUUUGCUACUCAUCAAGAGCAUCUGCCACCAUUCCCUUCCCUGGCUGAACUACUGAGUGCGGUUGGUGGCUCUGUGACUACAGAUAAUGCUGAGAACAUAGUGUUUCUCAGCCACAAUGGUACCUUGUUGCUUCUGGUUUUAAUAUAGGGUGAGAAGAAUCAUUAAAAUAGGCUGCAGAAGUGUUGUCUUCCUUGGUACAGAAAGAAAUGCUUGCUUUUACAAAGUCAGCCUCAGCAGAGAUAGGGCAGCUCUGAAUGUCUUUUUCUAGAACUGAUAGUUUUUCUCAUUUUUCAAAAGCGGAGGGUCAUGGGCAGGGGCAAAUUGGAGACGGUCUACAACCUAGUGAUGAGCAAGAGCAGUGUGUGUAAUUAAUUAGAAGAGCUCUUUGCCAAGGGCUGUCACCUCCAUGAGCCCACUUGAGUUGCACAAUUCUCCUGGGACUCAGACAAAAGACUCACCAUCCCCACCUUACAGAUGAGAAAAUUGAAAUUCAGGGUGAGGAGAGCAGACCCAGCCUCAGACGCACAUCUUCUCAGCGAACUUUCCAUUGCUUCCAAAUUCCACCUGAUCACAAAGCUCCAGCAGAGCAGGGUGCUCAGUGUGAUCUGACAGCCAAAUGAGCUCUUUGCCAGGAGGAAGGAGGCAAUCUUUUGUUAACGCCAGGACCUUUUGUUCAAAUGAAUGCGAGUUCUCCUGCCAGGCUUGGCCUACAGGUGUGUUCAAAACAAAAAAAAUAAAACCCAAACCCACAGGGUCUGUUUGUCUUUCUGAGA